AUGGAUGAUAGUUUCUUUGUCUAGACAAAAGAUGAUAACAAGAAGGGGGGAUUCAAUCUCCAAAUAGAUACAACAGAUACGGGACUGGAUUUCGAUAAAUCAAAGACGCCCACCCUCUAAUCCUCAUUAUAUAACCAAGCUUUCUUACAGAUUGAUGAUGAAUAUUUUAAGAGGCCAGACUCCUUGGAUCAGCAGAUGGCCGCCAUACAAUUAAGCUGUUUCAGAUAUUAUAUUUUCUUCAAUUAUAGGACAUUGUGUCUUUUUUUUUUUUAAAUAUUAAAAAGAAAAACGGCUAUUUUAUAUUUGAGAUUUCCUGGGAUUCAAGAGCCCGCGGGCUGCGAUCGAGCCGAAAAGAAGAAAAGAAGAAAAACUUAAGUCACGAAAAUAAAUAAUUAGUGGAAAAUUGGAAAAUGUUUUAUUUAGUAAAAAUCCUGAUAUUAGACUUCAUCUUAUUUAUUUCCAACUUUGAUUAAUAAAUCUAAUAUCUCAAUUAAUGUGAAUCAUAAUUACAAAAUUAAUAAUAUUCUACGACUCUCUCUUCUCCCUCAUGAGUCAUGGCCACGUGCGUUCCGCCGACGCUGGAGAAAGGGUAGAAAACAGCCCCAACGCCUUCGACCCCGAUCUGAAUUACGUUCGAAACGUUUCUCUUCGUUUCUUCUCUUCCAGAAGAUCGGGACCCGUUUUUUAGGGCACGAACCCAAUAACACCUUUAAUAUCCUACGGACAGCUCCUUGAUUUCUCUCUCAUUCCCUUCCCUCUGUCACCGUACAAUUUCCUUGGUUUCCUCCAACCCCGUCUUUUCGUUCGCUCUCUUUCUACGUUACCUGUUUUCGGGCUCUACCAAAUUCCUUUUGUUCUGUUCGCUGUCCAUUUCGUUCCCUCUCCAGUACAUGCAUUUGCUCAAAUUUCUCACGAAACGCAUCGGUUUUAUCCACUCGACGCUUCUUGUAGCUCCCUUCGUCGAAUUUUAGGGUUUUAAGCUCAGAACUUUUGCCGGCGUGCUUGAAUACGUCUAUGGGGCCUCGAGAGCUUGAAUUCGGGGUUUCUAUUUAAGUGCUUUUGAUUGAGGUGCGUUAGGGUUUUUCAUUCGGUAUUGAGUUGGUGGGAGAGCGUAAGAGAGGCAUUGGUUGAGGUGGGAUGAAUAGUGUAUUCACUGAGCAGAUACUUGCAGAUAAGCUCUCCAAGCUCAACAGCACCCAGCAGUGCAUUGAAACUCUGUCACAUUUGUGUAUAUUUCACCGGAGCAAAGCAGAACUGAUUGUCGCAACAUGGGAUAAACAGUUCCACAGUUCACAGAUGGUUCAGAAAGUUCCCCUUUUGUAUCUUGCAAACGACAUUCUACAGAAUAGCAAGCGCAAAGGAAAUGAAUUUGUUACUGAGUUUUGGAAGGUUCUCCCCGGUGCACUCAAAGACGUUAUUGAGAAAGGGGAUGAUCAUGGAAAAAAUGUGGUCUCUAGAUUGGUUGCUAUAUGGGAAGAAAGGAGAGUGUUUGGGUCCCGUGGGCGGAGCCUCAAAGAUGUAAUGCUUGGAGAAGAACUGCCUCAACCAUUGGAGUUAAGCAAAAAAAGGUCGCGUUCGGUCAGAAUUGUAAAAAGGGAUUCACGCUCCAUUAGAACGAAAUUGUCCAUUGGAAGUAUGGCCGAGAAAAUAGUGUCAGCAUUUCACUUGGUACUCAGUGAACGUCCCAAUGAAGAUGCAGAAAUGAGUAAAUGCAAGUCUGCGGUUCACCGUGUGAGGAAGAUGGAGAAAGAUGUUGAUAUUUCCUGUCAAAAUGCUAAAGAUCCAAAGCGGAAAGAUCUGUCCAAAGAACUAGAGGAGGAAGAAAAUAUUUUGAAACAGUGCAUUGAAAAACUUAAAUCAGUUGAAGCAAGUAGAGUAGCGCUUGUAUCUCAGUUAAAAGAAGCGCUCCAUGAACAGGAGUCCGAACUGGAAAAUGUCCGGACUCAGAUGCAGGUAGCUCAGGCACAGGCAGAGGAAGCCAGCAACAUGCGGAAGCGAGUUGAUGAUGAAGAUUACAUAUCAAAACCAUCUACUGCAACCACUACAACUGAUGCAAACACAAAAGCAGAACAAACACCUAGGAAGUCAGCUGCUGCCAUUGCAGCUGAGGUUGCAGACAAGCUUGCAGCUUCUAGCUCAUCUCAACUGAUUAUGACUUCUGUUCUUUCUACAUUUGCAGCUGAAGAGGCUAAGAAUGCUGGUCUAACACAGGUCUCCGCACCAUCAAAUUCACUCACAUCCAUGCCCAAUAGUUCAGGCUCUGAGUCAAUGGCAAAACCUGAAAAGUCCAUGCCAGUCUCAGAUCCUAAGGCUUUCAUGUCAGCACAGCCAUUUACCGUGCCACCAAAUCAUUCAUAUCAAUCAGUUUUGGUUCCGCAAUCAGCAAUGCAAAACCAUGCCCCAACCUCGCAAGCUCAAUAUCAUAUACUUCCCAACCCAUCCCAACAGUAUUUACAGCCAUCAGGAGGAAUCAUGGCCCCUUAUGGUUAUAAUAGCCUUGUACCCUUACCGCCAGGACCCCCACCUCCCCCACCCCAUAUGGUCAGCCCAAUGGUGCCUAUGACUUUGCAAGUAACUCAGCAGCAAACAAUACCGCUAACACAGCAACCCCCAGCACCGCCUAGUUUCCGGCCACUUCAGCCACCAGGAAUGGUAUUCUAUGGGUAGGGAUAAUACCUUCUGUUUUCAUGCAGAUGUAAACUUGGCUUAUUAUAAGGAUUGAUCCAGGGAAUAUACAUACCUCAAUGUAUCAGUCAGUGCAUGCAAAGCAGCUUUGGAUGCAGUAUAGGCACCGGACCAUGGUCCAGGUCCCAUAACAGUUAUGCUUCCAACA